AAUGAACCUAACCUGAUGCAGCUGAGGCCAAUUACGCCUCCACCUGGCAGAGUUCCCUGAGCUACUCCCCCACUCUGCUCCCUCUGCAGCCGAGCCAAACCCAGCCAGCCACCGCAGAUCGUUUUAUGGAGGGAAAAUCCAGAGUUGCAUUCUGUUAAAUGGUGCAUCAACGGCAAGCGGGACGGACCUCUCUGCCUCCAGCACAGGCCCACAGAUGAUCACGGAUACCACUUCCUUUUCCUCAGGACUGUGCCCGAAGAAAACAUGAGUCUUGAUGGAGACCCGUUGUCAGUGAUGGACAACCCGGCUGCUGAUCGCCAUCCUUUUCAUUCAGAGACAACAAGCGUUGCAGCUGCCCAGGGAGUCUGGGGCUGCCUGAGAGGGACUCACUGCACGGGCCACGCUCACAGGCUGGUGAGGCUGCUGGCAGCAGUGUGUGCAGUCGGACUACUGGGAGGCUUAGCUGUAGGCGUCUGGUUUCUAGUGAAACUGCUACUGAGGCCUUCCUACUCGCAAAGUCCAGCGGGACUUGGGGACACAAAGGAGACUUCUUUCUGCAAUGUGACUGAAGAUAACUUUAUCUCUGACCCCAGGAAAGUGUUUUACAGGAUCAGCCCAGAGAACUCCCUCCUAGAGAUACAGCUGGGGAACCUGCCCACCUGGCUACCAGUGUGCUACGAGAGGUGGAACUCCUCACUGGGAACAAUGGUCUGCAGACAGCUUGGUUCUCUGAGACUGACCGAGCAUAAAGGAGUGAAUCUUACGGAUAUUGGGCCAAUCUAUAAUGAUGGCUUCAUACAAAUUACCUCAGGACACAAGAGCAAUCUGGAAAAUAUGUGGCAAGUCAGGGGGAACUGUAUCACAGGGAAGGUUAUCGCUUUGCAAUGUUUUGAGUGUGGGACACGAGCAAAGCUGCCCAGGAUAAUCGGGGGAGUCGAAGCCACGCUGGGCAGGUGGCCCUGGCAGGUCAGCCUCUACUACAGCAACCGUCACACCUGCGGAGGCUCCAUCAUCACCAGUCAAUGGGUAGUUACAGCCGCCCAUUGUGUGCACAACUACAGGCUACCUCAGAUAUCCAGCUGGGUGGUCUACGCGGGCAUCGUCACCCGUAGCUCGGCUAAAAUGGCUCAGCAUAUAGGAUACGCUGUGGAGAAGAUCAUUUACAAUAAGAACUAUAACCACAGGAGCCACGACAAUGAUAUAGCCCUGAUGAAACUGCGGACACCGCUGAAUUUCUCAGACACAAUCCGGCCCGUCUGCUUGCCUCAGUACAACUAUGAUGCUCCAGACGGGACACAGUGCUGGAUCUCUGGAUGGGGAUACACACAGCCUGAUGGUGUUCACUCCCCUGACACUCUGAAAGAAGCCCCAGUUCCCGUAAUAAGCACAAAGAAGUGUAACAGCUCCUGCAUGUACAAUGGAGAGAUCACACCGCGGAUGCUUUGUGCAGGAUACACAGAAGGGAAAGUGGAUGCAUGCCAGGGGGACAGUGGUGGUCCUCUGGUUUGCCAGGAUGAUAAUGUGUGGAGGCUGGUAGGGGUCAUCAGCUGGGGGACAGGCUGUGCUGAACCCAACCAUCCAGGAGUUUACACCAAAGUAGCUCAAUUCUUGGGCUGGAUCUAUGACAUGAUUGAGGUAGACAGAACGUUUGUUUAAACUGAUGGGGGGUCAUUCUUCUGUGCCAUUUGCACGUACGUUUUUUUUGUUGUUGUUGUUGCUGAUAAUGCAUCUGUUCUUCUGAGUAAAUGCAGGAUUUUUUACAAAUAAUAAUGUGGUGCUUUUAUGAAAAAAGGGACGUUUCUCCCUUCACUGCAGACAAAUCUGAGAGUCCAUUACAUUUCAUACACAGCCAUGAAUAUCACCAGCAACGGGAAGGAUUUGAAAAAUGGAGCCUAUAAUAGAUUAUAAGCACACGUGUUGCACUGAUUGCUCAUAAUGUAUUUCUUCAUGCAGAAUUACUGAGGAGGAGCCAUGAAGAACAACACCACGCUACUAUGUUUGAAAGUUGAUAUUUUUUACUUUACAUGUCCGUUAAAUGAUGUACACAUAGAGACGGGUUAAAAGACAUCAAUAUCCAUUUUUCUGUUAUAUGUAUUUAAUAAAUAUAAUCGCUCUUUUAAAACCGUGUCCGUGUUUUUCUUGAGUAGCGGUAACUA